AUGGUUGUGCUUCGUGAUAACUUUCUUCACCCUCCAGAUGUUAUUGCUCCUGUCAAGAAGUUUGGGGUAUUUGAGAGCAAGUGGGUAAAAAAGUUAUUUUAUAAUAUCCCUAUCGCAAUUGUGCCAACCGGUGUGAAGUAUGAUACGUUUGUGAUAUCGUUCGAUGAAGAUCUUUGGAUUCUGUUUCAUUAUCGUAGGAGUUUUCCAGAGAUCAGAAUACACGAGCUGUAUGCAAAGUUGGAUGUCGGUGUCAAUAGUUCUGGGGCAUCAGCUCCGAAUCCUCAGUCUACUGUCAUAGGUGGUGGUUUUAGUUCGAUGGCUGCGGGUUUUGUACCAUUCGAGAAUCGUUCGGUCCGGCAGCAGACAUUUGAGGUGGCUAGUGGUCCUAGCAUUAUAGAGUUGGGGAAACCUGAUCGAGUUGAGAAUGCAAUGCGGGAGGAUGAUUCAGACCAGGAGCUUGUUGAUAUAAUUGGAGACAGUGAUGAUGAUACAGGUGCCAAUCCACGUACACAACAUGACCCAUCAAGUUCCGACACACAGCAGUACCCUCCACACUUUUCAACUCUAAACUUGGAGGCUAUGAGGCAACAACCAGAUGAAAAUGCUGUCGUUGGGAGUUUUUUUACAGAAUUUCAGAUUGGGCAUUCAUUCCAGAAUAAAGAGGAAGCUAUUUUAAGUGUGAAGGAUUAUAGUAUCCGUCGAGGUGUUGAAUACAUGGUCUUAGAGUCAAAUCGUCUAAAAUAUCAUGGGAAAUGCAAGGAGUUUGGUAAAGGAUGCAGUUGGUUGAUUCGCAUCUCACUUCGUGCACAAAAGGUCACUUGGGAGGUCAGAAGGUAUAACGGUUCGCACACUUGCUUGACUACCUCAAUUUCGAGCGAUCACCGGCAGCUUAAUUACCACAUUAUCUGUGCGAGGAUCUAUCCGUUGGUUAGAGCGGAUGCUGCGAUUAUGAUAAAAGUGUUAUAG